GGCACAAUAGCUAAUGCUAACCGUCAACCGACCGACGAUCCUUCUAGUCGAACGAAAAAGAGCUCACGACCACCUGCGGCAGAAGGGCAUCCACAUCAAAAUCAACUUGAAGCCAGCGAUAGAGAUAGUACCACGAAGACCACUGGCCAACCAGAAGCCGUGGCAGAUGGAAUUACGAAGAUACAAGAGGACAAUUCUGUAGUAGGUCGUGUUGGCGAAGAUGUUCCGGAAAAACUUGUGGUUGUUCGAGACCCGACCACUGGCAUCGAGCAGGUUCGCAAGCAUGACUGGCCUGGCGAAACCGGCGUGGUCUCUUCGCCGCGACAGUACUUUCACGUCGAC